CGCACAAACACUCUCCACUCCAACACCAUAAAGACACAUCUGCACGCGCCCCGUACCACUCCACUCCACCCCAGCCCUCAUCCACCGUCGCAUAACGCCAGUACACUUGCUCACGAGCUCAUCAGCUACGUACCGUCAUCAUGUCUGUUCAAGAGAAGGCACAAGCCCACCUGUCGCAGCUCGACAAGGAGCUGUCGAAAUACCCCACCCUCAACAACCUGGAGAAGCAAACGUCGGUGCCCAAGGUCUACGCUUUCCUCGGCCUCGUCGGCCUGUACUUCUUUCUCGUGUUCUUCAACAUUGCCGGGGCCUUCCUCGUUAACAUUGCUGGCUUCCUCAUCCCCGCAUACUACUCGAUGGGCGCCCUAUUCAGCGCCAGCAAGGUCGACGAUACUCAGUGGCUCACGUACUGGGUGACUUUUGCUUUCCUCACUGUUUUUGAGAGUGCCGUAAACGCUGUUUACUGGUUCCCAUUCUACUACACCUUCAAAUUUGUCCUCGUCCUUUGGAUGGCUCUUCCCCAGACCGGUGGUGCCCAGAUCAUCUUCCGCUCCUUCCUCCAGCCCAUCUUUUCCCGCUACUUCUCCGAGUCCGGCUCGACCGCCGCCAACCUCCGUGCUCAGGCCGACUCUGCUGGCAAGCCGCACGCCUCCUAGAGAGCUGCUAGACUAGCAAGUUUCUGACAGCCGCACCACCAGGGCCCGAGAAGCCGGCUGCUUCAGUCCAGGAUCCCUCGGUGGCAUGUGCGAAGACCGCGGCUGUCGCGGCUUGGUUACGAUGUGUUGACGAUUCACGAACGGCUGGGGAUUUGGAAAAGGCUGGGAAUACUGGGACUGGGACUAGGACUGGGACUGGAAAUCGGACUGGAAAUCGGAGGAGCUUCACGAUUGAUAUCACUAUCGCGUGAUGUUGUUGAUACGGAUUGGGUGUCUCCUUUGGGUAGGUGGACAUAAGUAGAUCUCGUCUGGUGGUAAUGCUAUCGUUGUUCUUCUCAUCAA